AUGGAAAGGAACUCUACCACGGACUUGGUAGUGGAUUCCUUGGAUGGGGUAAGGAAUUCGUUUGCCAAGUCGCGUUUGCGGAGUGUACGUGUGGGGAUCGAGUGGUCGGAAGAUAUCAAGGUUGAUGUCCUGGUGCAAUAUCUGGUCGGCAUGGCGCAGGCGUACUACCGUCGGCAGGUGAGAUCCUGGUGGUUCGAGAGUCAAAACUUGGAGCAUUCUAUGCAAAGGUUGCUGCAUACGUUUAACACCAAGACAUCACGUACCUAG